UAAAAAACCUCUCACUCUCUCUCUCCGGUCUGCUCUCUCCGAUUCAAUCAAAUGACGAUCCACGCGGCGGUAAUCCAGAAACUCCUCAACACAGGCUCCCACCUCGGCCGCCGCGCCGCGGAGCACCAUUUCAAGCAAUACGCGUACGGAACCCGCAACGGGAUGACCAUAAUCGACUCCGACAAAACCCUAAUCUGCCUCCGCAGCGCCGCGAACUUCGUCGCCAACCUCGCCCACAUGAAAGGCAACAUCUUCUUCGUCAACACGAACCCUCUCUUCGACGAGAUCGUCGAGCUAACUUCCCGUCGCAUCCAGGGCGACGCGUACAACCACAACCGUUCGAUGAAUCUCUGGAAGAUGGGAGGGUUUCUGACGAACAGUUACAGUCCCAAGAAGUUUAGGUCGAGGCAUAAGAAGCUUUGCUUUGGGCCGACGACGAUGCCUGAUUGUGUGGUGGUGUUUGAUACGGAGAGGAAGAGCUCGGUGGUGUUGGAGGCGGCGAAGUUGCAGAUUCCGGUUGUGGCGAUUGUGGAUCCGAAUGUGCCGUUGGAGUUUUUCGAGAAGAUUACGUAUCCUGUGCCGGCGCGUGAUUCGGUUAAGUUUGUGUAUUUGUUUUGUAAUGUGAUUACGAAGUGUUUUGUGGCGGAGCAGAUGAAGAUGGGGAUUAAAGAUGGGAGUGUGGAUGAUGUGGUUAAGGAUUUGGCUGUGUGAUUUGGUUUAUGAGUGAUAAAGUUUGGAACUUUACUUUUCAUAGUUUGGUUUAAUAAUUGUUCUUCAGAAUUUGAAGUUCUGAGUGUUGUUUUCAACGCAUUUGGAUUGUUUUGAUCGCAAGAUUGUUCAUUUCUUGGAAUGCUAUAUUGAUUAUUUGUAAGAGACAUGUUAGGAUUGAUCUCGG